CACCAAUUUCCCUCAGUCAGAGCCGUUCCCGAAAAGUCUCGCGAGAAUACGUCAGCAAAGGAAAAAACGGUGCGGGCGGGCGCUUUGCUGCCCUUGGCUGUCAUGGCGUCCCGCUUCGUCCCUCUGAUCAAGUUCCUGCUCAAGGGAGGCUUAGCGGGCGGCUCCGUCUAUGUGGUGUACAACCAAGGGCUUCUUGGCGGAGGGGAGGAAGGGGCCCAGGCCCUCCACAAGGCCAAGGAGGCCCUCCCGCCAGCCGUGGAGGAGUGGGCCAAGUAUUUUGGCUGGCAGGUCCCAGCCAUCCCCAAGACCGACUUUUCCCUCUGCAAUGCCUGGAACUCAGGGGUCCGGACAGUCAUCGGCGGCCUCUCGGUGGCUCCCACUCGGGCCAGCGAGUAUACUCAAUACGGCUGGAAAUACAUGAAGGAUCUCGUGAAAUGACACCCAUGAUAAAAACCCCAAAAGACUGAAAUAAAGACUUUGAAAGAUCCCA